CAGACACAAAAACAGGCAGCCAGCCUCUCUCCCAUUCCUUAUAAAAGCAGACACAGUGCAGGACUCCGCUAGAUCUGGACAGAGGGUUACUCUUUCAAGGUUGAAACAGAGGACACACGUGAAGAUGACUCCAUCAGUUUUCUUUGCUCUUCUGCUGGCUUGUGCUCUCCCAUUCAAUUCUGCUCAGUUAAGCUGUAAUGGGCAAUGUGGAGGAGAGUAUAACAGGGGUUACAUGUGCCAGUGUGAUUAUGACUGUCUCACUCACAAUGAGUGCUGUAUUGACUACGAAUCCCAGUGCACCACCAGUGAGUCGUGUAAAGGGCGGUGUGGUGAAUCCUUUAAGAGGGGAAGGCUGUGCGACUGUGAUCCUGACUGUGCACGGUACAAAAAGUGUUGCCCAGACUACGACAGUCAGUGUGGCAUAGAAGAGCCAGAACCAGAACCAGAACCAGAACCAGAGCCUCCCCAGAUCCAACCAACUGAGGAGCCAGAGAUGACUCCCGAUCCACAGGAGGAACUAAGUGAAGAUGUGAAGGGUGAGACCUGGCCAGAUCUUCCUGUUCCCUCUCCUGAUACUGGGUCAGAGGAUCCAGACGCAAGCCCUUACCCAGAGGACCCUGAAGCUGGUCUGGUGGAUCCAGAGGCAACCGCUAACCCAGAUGACCCUGAAGAAACCCCUGCCUCAGAGAGCACAAGCGGGUCAGAGCUCUCUCCAACUGAGCCAGCCUCUUCAGACCCCUUAGACCCCACGCUGGACACUAUCCCCCAACCCACAGAUACAGAGGAUGACCCUGAGAAAGAGGCUAUUUUAAAGGGGGACUACACACCCUUCCCUGAGGAAUUGGAUACAGAAGCAACACCAGGCUCGGAAGGAACCCCACCAGCAGCCAACCCCAACCCCUCCACUGCCGAACCAGCCAAUGAGACCCCCGCUGAGGCAACAGACUCCAGCGAUCCCGAGGGACAGCCUUAUUCCAGCAGCAGCCCAUCUGCAGCCAUCCCAACUCUCCCUGGAUCCACUUCUGAGCCCAACCCUGCCUCCCCAGUUGCCCCCCAGCCCCCCGACCAGGCCUCCGACCAGGCCUCCGACCAGCCCCCCGACCAGGCCUCCCCGAGCUCAGAGCCCCAGCCUGGGCCUACUCCUGCAGAGGACACCCCUGAACUCCAACCUGAAGGACAGAGUGAAUUAGACCCUGAAGGUCAGGAGGCAGAAUCUGAGAACACAGUGCCAGAUGAAUCUGAACCCACACCCUCGAACCUACAGGAUCCCAAUCUGAUCUCUGAGGCACCAACAUCUGAGAGUGGUCCCGAGUCCAAACCUGGUAGAGGGGACACCCCAAAUCAUUUUAAUGACAACAGUGUCCCCCAGACUGGAGAUCUGGCUACGCAUCUCACCAUAGACCCAGCGGGACAAGAGGAAGGAGAUGAGGCAGCACCAGAGGAGACCACAAGCAACUCCAUGAAGCUCACUCCCACCCCCACUCCCAUCCCCACCACCAAACCCACCCAAAACAAACUCACUGAGAAAACCAAGCCCAGUAAACCCACAGAGAAACCUAAGCCCAAAUCCACCCAGCCAAACACCCUCACGGAUAUCAACCAAUCUCUGGGCACAGACAACUCCAGGGACUACCAAGCAGAUGAACACAACGACACCAACAUCUGCAGCGGCCGUCCUGUUGGCGCGGUCACUACGCUGAGGAACGGGACCGUGGUGGUUUUCAGAGGACACUAUUUCUGGGCCAUGGAUAGUAACAGGAUGCCUGGACCUGCCCAACGGAUAACAGACGUGUGGGGAGUCCCUUCUCCCAUUGACACCGUCUUCACCCGCUGCAACUGCCAGGGCAAGACAUACUUCUUCAAGGGUGCUAACUACUGGAGGUUUGAGAACAGCAUGAUGGACAUGGGCUUCCCCAAGCUGAUCAGUGUGGGAUUCAAUGGGCUGCAAGGUCAGAUCACAGCUGCCCUGUCUGUGCCUGAGUACCGCAAGAGGAAAGAGUCUGUCUACUUCUUCAAGAAUGGAGGCUUGGUGCAGAAGUAUUCCUACCAGUCUGGCACCAGCCCUACAUGUAACAGGAAGGCCCACUACUCUGUUUAUACUGUACACAACCGCAUUGCCAGACAAGCAGUGUCUCUGCUGGGACAGGAGAUCAACAUCCGUCUGACCUGGAGAGGCUUCCCCUCCACCGUGACCUCCGCCGUGUCCAUCCCCACCCACAUGAAACCUGAGGGAUACAACUACUACCUCCUCUCACGCUCCAAAUACUACAACGUCAAUAUGAGAGAUGAGCGGCCUUUCAUAGCUACUCCUCCUGUGAGCGCCGCUCCCCAGAAGAACUCAGCCAAAGACUUUUUAAACUGUCCAAAGGAAGUCAGAAAAAACAGCCAGGAAUAGCAAAAAACGAUUGAGUCACACAAACUUUAUUAGUCAUAAAACCAACACCACAAUGCUUUUGAAAGCAGAGUCCUUGCUAACUGUACGUACAAAAAACAGAUGAUUAAUCAUAACAAUGAAAUGAUCAUCAUGACUAGAACUGAUUCUAAAACGCAAUAUGUCAAUUCGAUUAAUGGUGACUGCGGAUGUUCUCUUUGGAACCAUGGUGAUGAUGUCAAGGCAGGAGCUCUGAUUGGUUGUUCAUCUGGCGAAUCUCCUCCCAGUCCCAGUUACACCCCGUGAUGGCAACGUCCCUGGUUCCCAUCAAAAGACACAUACUGAGACAACGGUCUGCUUUACCAAUGUAAAAACAAUCACAUUAUAUAAUGCAAAGACAAUGCUAAUGUAACAAUUUUACAUUCAAUGUUUUAUCUCGUGACUAUUAAAAUUGCUUUAACAUCAA